GUUGGCUUCCUGUGCAGGAGCGUAGUGAACAUUUGCAUUGCUGUAAAAUAUGUGGCGCCGAUUGAUAAGCUGAUUGUAACUGAACAAAAUGAAAUGCGCAUAAAAUCGAUGGAAGAAUUUCAAGAAAUACAGAUUCCGGUAGAAAGCCACGAGGCCAACAUGACCAACAACACUAUUUAACCAAAAUUGUUCAGUUAUGAGUUGAUUGGAGUCAUCAAUCCGUAAUAUCUUAUGCAUAACACAGCCAUUAGGGUAUCUUAACACUCUGCCAAAACUCUUCAUCAUAAAAACCCCGACAAAAACAAACUGUCCAACACCAUCGUUUGAAUAAUGUGAUUACUUGAAAUUUAACAGAAGCUCAUAGUGAACAGCACUCACAUCAAACAGUGCAAAAAGCAGAAAAUCAACAAACAAAUAGCAAAAAAAAAGUGAAGUCGAGCUCCACCAGGCCUCCGGGCAGCAACGUGUGUCGAAGUGAAGUGAACCUGUGAACCACCUCUUGCCCCGUCCGCCCCGUCAAACGGACACGGAGGACCAGAAACAGUCACACCGUCACCGAGCGUGUAGCGAGAGCACUUAAUUAUGUAAAUAAAUUUAUAAUUAUCCAUUAAGGCCAGUAUUAAAGUUUAGUAAGUGUUGUGCAGCAGCAGGAGCAGCAGCAGCAUACCCGCCACAAUACAGUCUACAGUUGUUCGUCGUUUUUAUCCCUGGUGGUGCGAAGUGUCGAGAGAGUGUCAACUUACCUACUACACUUGCUCUAUGUUAAAUAUUAUUUUACCACUAAAAUCGAGACGUUGCAGAAGAAUUGAGCAUACAAAGCAACAAGUUGCUCGCGAGAGGCUUGGCUAGUUGAACCCCUUCCCGUUCGUAACCCAGUGGCAACGUGCGAAAAUGGCAAACCAUAAAUAAUUAUUGAAACGUUAAUGAGAGCUAUUUGGCUACAUACAGAGUGUGUGAAAGCAAAAGUGACACUUCCGUUAACCAGGCUACCGCCAAACUCUCGGCCAGUACACGUUUACGAUUGACCAGUUCUAGGUUGUCUAUUUUAUGUGUGAACUAGUGUAUGUGUGAGCGUAUAAGUGUCCUGUCCAGUCACGAUUGUCACGUGCCUUGGCUGAUUAGCACCCUGCUGGAUUGGUAAAAUAUUUAAAUGCUAAUAAUUAAUGUAGUCGCGCGCGCGCGGUCCGACGAAGAAAGAGGAAAACUAGGAGUUGCCAAGUAGAACUUGCUUCGAGCUUGCGGUACCAAUUAAGCGGCUAGACCUCGCCACCGACAAGUUCUAGAGAGACACCCCGCGAGAAAAAGGGGUCACCCCGCCGCACGGUUUAGAACAGUGAAUUUCCAAGUGCAAGUGCAAGAGAACGGAAGAGUUGUCGAGUUGAAAGGUGCCCCAUAGUGGAGUAGAGCGCAGAACUAGGGCUUGGCCUUCUGGAUUAUGCUGUCAGCAAGCUACUCGGUCAACUCGGUCGGCUACGAGGGGGCUCUGGACGGUUGGUGUGAUAGUUGUUAAGGUUGCGCGGCUGCCAGUUAGAACCGGUGCCAAACGAUUGCUAGCCGCGACCAGAUUUGCAGUGAUUGUGUUUUAACGUUCGUUUUUUUUUUGCUGCCACCGUCCUUCCACUCCAAGAACCUCGACUUGCUGAUAAGUGACUGCUGCCGUUGUUGCUGCUGUGCUGGUGAUAUUAUUAGCCGGUGACUGCUUACGUGCAGUGUCUGUGUCCACAGAGAGUGUAUGUUAGAACAACGAGAACAUUGAGUGUUUGGUGAAUUGUGGUUGCAGUGCAGCGGAUUGUUAGUAGUGGUCAAACUGAGGUCGAACCCCAACCAGCGUCAGUUCAGGACAACGAUCAACGACUUUUCUGCUGUUCACAAAGGAGACGGAUUAUCAUUUUGAUACGGUGUACUGGAAUUUUAAUGGUUUACAUGAAUGGACUCGGAAAUGACCCUCUGUCUGCGAAGGAGGCAGAGGGCCCUCCAGUCCAGCUUGAACCAGUCGAUCUCAGCGUUCGUUCACCACCAAAAGAUUGCACAGCGAAAUCCGACGGCAGUUUGCGCGUUCGCAGCAGCAGUCUACUCAAAAGGCCACCGCCGCCGCUCAUCUCCGCACCGCACCUGUUAGCGUUAAGGCACAAAACGAAAGACUUAUUGUUCUCCAUCACCAACAACAAUGCCAGUAAACCCCCUCACUCGCCAUUCACUGCCAGUCAGCUGUUCUCGUCGCUCUGCGGCAGCACCAUCAUCAACAACAACAACAACAACGAAGACGAAGACGUCGCCCUAGCCAAUAACAACAACACCCUUAGUAUUAAUAACAAUAACAACUACCUUAGCGAUGAGUCGAAAACAAGUACCUUCCGAGAAACGUAUCCUAUGUACAACUAUUGUGUUCAGCAGAGUCCUACGCAACUGUUCCCGCCCUUCGGGCCAGGCCCAUUCGGCCACCACCCGCAUCACACCCACCCACAUCACCCGCACGCGGAUAUUGCGCGCCAUUCUCCGCCUCUCUCCUUCCUGGAUCUCCAACAGCACCACCAUCACAGCCACCCGCAGCAGGUUGGAUCGCCCCAAUCGUCCCCGCUGCAGCCCGUGCCAGUACUAAGUUCCAAGCUGAUACCUCCACAUCCGCUGGCGGCAUCGAUAGCCAGUCUCGCAUCCAGCCUGCCCAAAAACCACCCGCUGAGCGAGUCGGCCACGGCGGCCGCCGCCUUCCACCGGCUGCUGCAACCGUCGCCGUCUGCGUCCGGCAUUGCAGCGGCAGCGGUGGCCGCCGGUCGAGCCCUCCUGGAAGCACGACAUCACAGCUCCAGUCCCGCCGACGACCGGAUCAAGUCCGAGCGGACCGACUUUUCCCUAUCGCCUCGACUGCCGCCCGACCUUAGCGGUGGGAACGGUAGUGGCGAGGCGGGCAAAAGUGGGACGACCAAAAACCGGAAAAUCCACCGAUGCGACGCAACGGGGUGCGACAAGGUGUACACCAAAAGUUCCCACCUGAAGGCGCAUAAGCGCACGCAUACAGGUGAAAAGCCAUACAUCUGCACCUGGGAGGGCUGCGUGUGGCGCUUCGCUCGGUCCGACGAGCUGACGCGACACUACCGGAAGCACACCGGUCUCAAGCCGUUCCGCUGCAAGCUGUGCACACGUUCCUUUAGCCGUUCGGACCACCUGUCGCUCCACAUGAAGCGGCACUAGGUUUUGGGUCGCAUCUGCCUACACGCGUCACACGUGCGCGCACACACACACUAUUAGAUCAUUUGUAAGAGCAACUAAAUGGAGUCUAUACUUACUUAUGUAGGGUUUAAACCGCGAAGCAAUACUCUGAAUCUAUUUUUGAACUAGUUUUAGGCGAAUAGCUGAUCACAUUAGUGAUGUUGAAUCUCAUUGCAUUAAUUCCAUGUCUCUCUUAAGUUAUUGAAACCGUGGUCCCAGUUUUCCCAUUUCAGUAUAAUACAAAUAGGUUCGUUUCGUUGACUAGAUAACGUAAGGUGCUGUUUGCAGCUAGAGCGUGAAUUCUAAACAAAAAAUAAAUUGAAAGAUCUCCGCACGAUUCCUUUUAGUAGAAACUUUUGCGAUUUCAUCGUUGAUUUCCUGUCCCCGUUUAAUCUUUCGUCCGACAAUCAGCCAUAGAUCGUUUCAAACGACACAGUUAGAAGAAUUUGACAAAAAAAAACGAGUCCAGUUAAAAAACAUUCCCAGUAGCGAUUUAUAUUUACUGCAACCAGUGGCGCUUUUACGACAGAUAAAUGAAAAAAAUGUUAGCUUAUUUAACUUGUUGUUAAUUGUACAUAAGAGUUUAUUAGAGGAGGUAAAGUGUGACAAACAGCCAGUUCCACACUGAACAAGUGCAAUUACAAAUCAAACAAAUCCCAAACUAGCCCGUAAGAUUGAUGAACAGAGAUUACAACGACUCUAAACACUGCUGCAAUCUGAUAUUAGCAAAAAAAUAAUAAAAUGGGAGCAACAACCAAGUGAUAAGCGUGAGCUAUGAAGCGUGUUUAGGAAACUCUUUUUUGUUGAUGUUCGUUUAGGAAACGGAAAACUUUUACCGAAAGAUAUUGCUGUUGUCCCGUAAGAAAUGGAAGAGCAAGGAAAAAAAAAAACUGAGCCAGUAAAUGCCCCUUAGAUGAUUAUUUUGUUAUAGGUGAUAAGCUAGCUUCUAGGUAGCCUAAUUAUACUGCUAAGAAUUUGUUUUAAUUAGGAUCAAAGCCUACCACGUAAGAUUGUACAAUCAAUGGAACCUGAGUACGCCAGUAAUUCAAACGAUACGAAUAUGACGUGAAACGGAAAAAGCGCCAGUAUUUUACAGUAUGAUGAUUGUUUUUUUUUGUAGGCAGAUUGUCCUUGCAACCCACAGAGUAGGAGUUGUUCGGCGAUCGUACGCCAACAGCAGCCAGUUUUGUUGAAACAUGUUUUAGAGCAAUUUUUACUAUAGUAUUAAGAAGACUUUUUGAAGCUAUUUUUUGUAAACAAAAGUUGGAAAAGAAUAAAAUUUGAUGUUUUGAA